AUGGCUACAGUGCGAAUCUGUGUCUGUGGUGAUGAGGGCACUGGCAAGUCCAGUCUCAUCACCUCCCUUGUGAAGGGGGUGUUCGUUACAAACAAGAUCCAGCCUAUCCUCCCUCAAAUCACCAUCCCUCCUACGAUCGGUACCCCCGAGAAUGUCACGACAACGACGGUGGUGGACACCUCCGCUCUUCCGCAGGAGCGCAAUAAUCUAGCCAGGGAGAUCCGGAAGUCCAAUGUAAUCCUACUCGUGUAUUCGGACCAUUACAGCUAUGAGAGAGUCGCUCUAUUCUGGUUACCAUACUUUCGUUCUCUAGGGGUCAAUGUCCCCGUGGUACUAUGUGCGAACAAGUCCGACCUUGCUGCAGAUCACACCGAGGCUCAGGUGAUUGAGGAGGAAAUGCUACCAUUAAUGGCGGAGUUUAAGGAAAUCGACUCUUGCAUCCGCACCAGUGCCCGUGAACAUCGGAAUGUCAACGAAGCCUUCUUCCUUUGCCAGAAAGCGGUUACCCAUCCGAUCGCACCGCUGUUUGACUCCAAAGAAUCCUCCCUGAAGCCGGCAGCAAUCGCGGCGUUGCAGCGAAUUUUCUACCUCUGCGAUAAGGAUAGGGAUGGUUACCUCUCUGAUAAGGAGAUCAAGGAUUUUCAAAUGAGAUGCUUUGAGAAGCCAUUGAGUGAGGAAGAUUUGAUUCACAUCAAGGAGACGAUACAGAGGACGCAUCCUCAUUCAGUGACACCCUCAGGCAUCGAUUGCCGCGGUUUCCUGCAGCUGAACAAGAUGUAUGCGGAAAAAGGCCGUCACGAGACUGUUUGGAUUAUACUACGAGCAUUCCAGUAUACGGAUAAUCUAUCACUACAGGAGAACUUCCUUCACCCGAGAUUUGACGUACCCCCUUAUGCGUCAGCUGAGCUUUCGCCAGAGGGGUAUCGAUUCUUUGUGAACCUCUUCCUACUCUCGGACAAGGAUAACGACGGAGGCCUGAACGAUGCGGAGCUGGCGUCGCUCUUUGCGCCCACCCCGGGUUUGCCUGCUUCAUGGGCGGACGGUUCCUUCCCCUCCUCUACCGUUCGCAACGAAGCCGGCCAUGUCACCCUUCAAGGAUGGCUUGCGCAAUGGAGUAUGACUACUUUCACGUCGCCUAAGACAACAUUGGAGUAUCUGGCCUACCUGGGGUUCGAGUCGUCCGACCGCAGCAAUCCUUCUACAACAGCAGCGCUGAAGGUUACGCGACCACGAAAGAGACGCAAGCGUCCUGGCCGUGUGGGCCGCAAUGUUGUUCUUGGUCACGUCCUUGGGACUGCAGGCUCAGGCAAAUCUGCACUCCUUGACGCUUUUCUUUCCCGUGGAUUCAGUACUACUUAUCGGCCUACGAUCCAGCCCCGAACUGCGGUGAACACAGUCGAGCUUCCGGGAGGGAAACAGUGCUACCUCAUCCUCGAUGAGCUCGGGGAACUGGAGCCUGCCCUCCUCGAAAAUCAGGUAAAACUGCUGGACCAGUGCGAUGUCAUCGUGUACACGUAUGACUCGUCAGAUCCCGAUUCCUUUGCAUACAUCCCAGCGCUACGCGCCAAAUAUCCUCACUUGGAGGAGCUUCCCAGUGUUUUUAUUGCACUCAAGGCAGACUUGGAUCGGACUACGCAGCGGGCCGAAUAUCAGCCCCACGAAUACACUGCUAUGUUGAAUAUGCCGAGUCCUCCUCUUCAUGUCAGUGCCACGUGGAGCUCCAUCCAGGAGGUAUUUGUCCACAUUGCAGAAGCGGCGAUGGAGCCUAGUACGGCCUUCCCGCGGAGCGAGGAAGAUGUGGAAGGCAAAUGGAUGGCAUGGGGAAUUGCUCUUGGGGCAGUGGUUUGCGCUGGAGCGGCGGCCGUCAUGAUUUGGCGGAGAGUUAGUGGAAGCGGAGUGUGA